GGGUCUAUAUUGGGGCCACUAUUCUUCUUACUCUAUAUUAAUGAUCUACCUGCAUGUCUGAGUAAAACAAAACCACGGUUGUUUGCUGAUGAUACAAAUAUCACAGCAGCUGGAGAAUGCUUAAGUGAUCUUGAAGAUGCAGUAAACUCAGAUUUAGAAAUGCUUCGUAAAUGGCUCAUGGCAAACAAACUGAGCUUGAAUGUGGCGAAAACUGAAUUUCAAAUUAUUGCUACUAAACAGAUGCUGAAGAAAGCUUCUGUUCAGCAACUUAAAAUUCACAUUCAAAACAUACCCAUAAAGCAGGUUUUUCAAUGUAAAACACUAGGUGUGACUGUUGAUGAAAAUUUAUGUUGGAAGAGCAAUACAGAUAAUAUAUGUAAAAAGAUAUCAUCUGGAAUAUACGCUCUUAAAAGCAUUAAAGAAUAUGUUGAUCAAAAAACACUCGUUUGCGUAUACAAUGCUAUAAUUCAACCAUACUUUAGCUACUGUUGUGAAGUUUGGAAUAUAUUUG